AUGACAGAAAAACUUGCAAUUAGCGGAGAAAUUCCUCAAUCAAGAUUUGGACACACAAUAACAUAGAUUAGCAAAAACAUAGUUAUUCUAUUUGGUGGUGCCACAGGCGAUACUGGCAGAUACAGCAUAACAGGAGAUGUUUUUUCUUGUGAUUUAAAUCUACGUCGCUGGAAGAGAUUAAAUCCAAAGGGUAACGGUCCUACAAAUAGAGCAGCUCAUUGUGCUGUCUCUAUUGAUAACAAUAAUAAACUUAUAAUCUUCGGUGGAGCUGUUGGAGGUGGUGGAUUAGCAGAUGAUAAUUUGUACGUUUUAGAUUUUAGCAAUGGCGAAGAUUAAACUUAUUGGUUGACUAUACCAAUAGUAGGUAGUACACCUGGUAGAAGAUACGGACAUUCCAUGGUCUUUAUAAAACCAUUCUUGGUAGUAUUUGGAGGAAAUACUGGUAAUGAACCUGUUAAUGACUCAUGGUCUCUAAAUUUAGAAAAAUCUCCUUAUUGCUGGUAGAAAUUAGAGUGCUCAGGUGAUAUUCCUUAGGUCAGAGUUUAUCACUCUGCUGCUUUAUGUACUUCUGGAGCUGCAAAUGGUAUGAUGGUUAUAUUUGGUGGUCGUACCUCUGACUCCUUUGCUUAAAGCGAUACCUGGGGUUUACGUAGACACAGAGAUGGUAGAUGGGAUUGGGUGAAAGCUCCUUAUAAAAAUAAUACAGAAAUGCCUAUUUCUAGAUAUUAGCAUAGCACAGUUUUCUAAGGACCAUUAAUGUUUGUGAUUGGAGGAAGAAGCAAUUAAAUGAACGAUUAGAUACAUUUAGAAAUUUAUGACACUGAAACAAGUGAUUGGCACAAAUUUGCCGGAAUCAAUCGUUUUAGACAUUCUGUUUGGAUCAUGGAAAAUUUCUUAUAUGUACAUGGAGGUUUCGAUACAGAAUCCCCAAAUAUUCCCACAGAUUCUAUUUUGAGAUUAGACUUAGUUAGAUUGUUAUCACCCUACCCAAAUUUGAUGAGGUAGAUGCAAAAAUAAGAAGCUAUUAAAGCAACAUAGAGCAGAAGACCAGAAAGCAAUACUGCUAUGGCUAUUGAAAUUGGUAAUAAUACUAAUGUAAAUCAACCAAUAAUUAAACCACCUAAUAAUCCAAAGCCUUAAAAUCCUUACUUAGCUUCUGAUGUAGUAGUAGCUGUUAAAUCUGAUCCUCAUUAAGAAACAUAACCUCUUAAAAAGUAUCCUCUCAACAGUCUUGUCAAGGAAAAUAUUAAAAUAAAUUAACACCAAAGAUUUUAAAACGAUGGUACGAUGAAAAAGCAAUAUAUUUAAACGAUUAUUCAACCUUUUAUUGACAGCUUGCUCUAACCUGAGAACGAAAAUUCUAUGCAGAGAGAUUUGUUAAGCUAAAUCCGUAGAGAAAAUAUUAUCAAAUUAUGUGAUGAAGUUCAAAAGGUUUUCGAAAGAGAAACUAUGGUUUUAAAAGUGCGUGCUCCUUUAAAAAUAUUUGGAAGUAUAAAUGGACAAUAUGAUGAUUUAAUGCGUUUCUUCAAUCACUUUGGUGCUCCAUGUGAUAGUGAUUUGAUGGACAGAGAUAUCGAUAGUAAUGAUUAUUUAUUCUUGGGUAACUACGUUGGUAGAGGUUCUGCUUAAUUAGAAGUCAUUCUGCUACUUUUCUCUUUAAAAUUAAAAUAUUAAGAUUAAUUCCAUAUGAUUCGUGGUAAUAUGGAAGAUAAAAGAAUCAACAAAGCUAUGGGCUUUGCUGAUGAGUGCUAUCAAAAAUUCAACGAAGAUAUAAAUGAACCAAAUUCUAUCUUUUAACGUAUUAAUAAAGUAUUCGAAUACAUGCCUAUAGCUGCUGUUAUACAGGAUAGUUUCUUAGCUUUACAUGGUGGUAUUGGAACUACUUUGCGUGCUAUUGAAGAAAUUGAUAAUAUUCCUCGUCCUUUAGAAAUUAUUUAAGACCCUAAAACAUACCAACAUAAAGUAGCUUUAGAAUUACUUUGGAGUGAUCCAGUUUUAAAUGAAAACCAAUUAGAGAACGCUGAUAAUAUCGAACAUGAUAUUUUCUAAUUGAAGAAUAUUACUCGUUUCGGUAGCUAACGUAUUAGUAAAUUUAUGUAAGAAAAUAAUAUAAGCUUGAUAAUUCGUUCUCACGAACCUGUCUACUAAGGUAUUUAAAUCUAAAAUAACAAUGUAAUUACCCUAUUCUCGAACACCAAUUACUGUAAUAGAUAUCAGAACUAAGCUGCAAUUCUUUCUAUAAUGAAAUAACUCUAGAUGCAGCCUAAAGUAAUCCAACCAAUAAUCAACGUCAACAAUAAAAGCUAAUGGAUAGAUCUAGAAGCUAUGAUGGAAAUUAGAAAAUAAAUCAAUAAAAACAAUAUCAUGGUAGAUUAAGAGGAAAUUAUUCUUCGUAAAAGAUAACCUACUCCUCCUAGAGAUAAAGAUCCUUACAAAAGUUGA